AUGGCGGAGGAGGCGACCGAGGCGCAGGGGGACUGUGACCCCUCGCUCGGACAGGAACUUUUGGUGGCUUGGAACACCGUGAGCACCGGGCUGGUGCCGCCGGCUGCGUUGGGGCUGGCGUCCUCUCGGACCAGCGGUGCGGGCCCACCGAAGGAGGAAGAGCUCCGCGCGGCUGUGGAGGUGCUACGGAGCCACGGUCUGCACUCGGUCCUGGAGGAGUGGUUCGUGGAGGUGCUGCAGAGCGACCUGCAGGCCAGCGUCUCUCCGGAGUUCUGGAAUGCUGUCUCCAAGCACGAGAGCGCUGCGGACGAGCCCCAGUGCCUUUUGCUGCUCCUGGACGCAUUUGGCUUGCUGGAGAGCCGUCUGGGUCCCUACCUGCGCAGCUUAGAGCUUCUGGAGAAGUGGACUCGCCUAGGCUUGCUCAUGGGCGCCGGUGCGCAGGGGCUGCGGGAAAAGGUCCACACCAUGUUGCGGGGUGUCUUGUUCUUUUCCACUCCCAGAACCUUCCAGGACAUGGUCCAGCGCCUCUACGGGCGCUUCUUGAAAGUCUAUAUGCAGAGUAAGAGAAAGGGGGAAGGCGGCACCGACCCAGAACUGGAGGGGGAGUUGGACAGUCGGUAUGCCCGGCGCCGGUACUACCGGCUCCUGCAGAGCCCGCUGUGCGCGGGGUGUGGCAGUGACAAGCAGCAGUGCUGGUGUCGCCAGGCCCUGGAGCAGUUCCACCAGCUCAGCCAGGUCCUACACAGGCUCAGUCUGCUGGAGCGGGUCAGUGCCGAGGCCGUGACCACCACUCUGCACCAGGUGACCCGGGAGAGGAUGGAGGACCGCUGCCGGGGCGAGUUCGAGCGCUCCUUCCUGCGGGAGUUCCACAAGUGGAUCGAGAGGGUGGUCGGCUGGCUUGGCAAGGUGUUCCUGCAGGACGGCCCUGCCAGGCCCGCCUCCCCAGAGGCUGGCAGCACGCUGCGCCGCUGGCGCUGCCACGUGCAGAGGUUCUUCUACCGGAUCUACGCCGGCCUCCGCAUCGAGGAGCUCUUCAGCAUCAUUCGAGACUUCCCAGAUUCGCGGCCGGCCGUGGAGGACCUCAAGUACUGCCUGGAGAGGACCAAUCAGAGGCAGCAGUUGCUGGAGUCACUCAAGGCGGCCCUGGAGACCCGGCUCCUGCACCCAGGCGUGAACACGUGUGACAUCAUCACGCUCUACAUCUCAGCCAUCAAGGCCCUGCGAGUGCUGGAUUCCUCCAUGGUCAUCCUGGAGGUGGCCUGUGAGCCCGUGCGCCGCUACCUGAGGACACGGGAGGAUACUGUUCGGCAGAUUGUGGCCGGGCUGACUGGGGACUCUGAUGGGACCGGGGACUUGGCGGUCGAGCUGUCCAAGACUGACCCUGCGAGUCUGGAGACGGGCCAGGACAGCGAGGAUGACUCCGGCGAGCCUGAAGACUGGGUCCCUGACCCCGUGGAUGCCGACCCAGGGCAGUCAAGCUCCCGGCGGCGCUCCUCGGAUAUCAUCAGCCUGCUGGUCAGUAUCUACGGCAGCAAAGACCUGUUCAUCAACGAGUACCGCUCGCUGCUCGCCGACCGCCUCCUGCACCAGUUCAGCUUCAGCCCGGAGCGGGAGAUCCGCAACGUGGAGCUGCUGAAGCUGCGCUUUGGCGAGGCCCCGAUGCACUUCUGUGAGGUCAUGCUGAAGGACAUGGCGGACUCCCGGCGCAUCAACGCCAACAUCCGCGAGGAGGACGAGAAGCGUCCUGCUGAGGAGCAGCCUCCGUUUGGGGUCUACGCGGUCAUCCUGUCCAGCGAAUUCUGGCCGCCCUUCAAGGACGAGAAGCUGGAGGUCCCAGAGGACAUCAAGGAGGCCCUGGACGUCUACUGCAAGAAGUACGAGAAGCUGAAGGCUAUGCGGACCCUCAGCUGGAAGCACACGCUGGGCCUGGUGACCAUGGACGUGGAGCUGGCCGACCGCACUCUGUCUGUGGCCGUGACCCCUGUGCAGGCUGUGAUCCUGCUCUACUUCCAGGACCAUGCCAGCUGGACGCUGGAGGAGCUGAGCAAGGCGGUGAAGAUGCCCGUGGCCCUGCUGCGGCGCCGGAUGUCCGUGUGGCUGCAGCAGGGCGUGCUGCGGGAGGAGCCCCCUGGCACCUUCUCAGUCAUCGAGGAAGAGCGGCCUCAGGACCGUGACAACAUGGUGUUGAUGGACAGCGAUGAGGAGAGUGACUCGGGCAUGGCCUCCCAGGCUGACCAGAAGGAGGAGCGGCUCCUGCGGGCCGGCCAGCUCUUCUGGACCUACAUCCAGGCCAUGCUGACCAACCUGGAGAGCCUGUCCCUGGAGCGCAUCUACAGCAUGCUACGCAUGUUCGUCAUGACGGGCCCUGCGCUGGCCGAGAUCGACCUGCAGGAGCUCCAGGGCUACCUGCAGAGGAAGGUGCGAGACCACCAGCUCGUCUACUCUGCUGGCGUCUACCGCCUGCCCAAAAACUGCAGCUGA